ACUUGUGGGAUAUAUUAUCCAGUCCUCUCUGUUUGGGAAGCGGGGCUGGUGAAGUGUGGCGGACACGGGGCAGGUUGGAAUUCGCUGAGGGUGUGUGGAGGCGGGGAACAGAGAACAGCGACAAACACCUUACAGCUCCGAGCCAGAGAGUGAGAGACGAGGCUUUUCUAUGGCGUGUGACUGACCAAUCCAGACUCAUUGGCUUUGCUUGUGCAAGUGAUAGAGAGAGAGGGAGAGAGAGUGCCAAUAUUAAAGAUGGCAGGAAAGUCUCUGCAGUUGUGCGUGUUUGUAAUUUACGCGAUUCAAACGAACUCUGGAUUUAACAUUGACGUGCAGUUCCCGGUCAUCAAAGAAGGAAAAACCAAGGGCAGCUUAUUUGGAUUUUCUGUUGCAUUGCACAAACAGACCGAAAAGACAAAGAAGAACUUCCUCUUAGUCGGAGCGCCCCAAGAAAAAGCCCAGCCCCAACUCAGCAAAUUCAACAUUAAUGAAACAGGAGCCGUGUAUUACUGUCCCAUCAGUAUCGAGCAGGAUGACUGCAGGAGGAUGGACCUCAUCAGUCCACCGCAGGCAGCAGAGACGGUGGAGGGCAUGUGGCUGGGAGUGACCGUGGCCAGUCAGAGGAAUGGAGGACAUGUGCUGGCAUGUGGUCAUCGCUACGUAAAAAAACUGCUGGGGGCCGAAGAGCAGCAGCGUAUGGUGGGCAAAUGUUAUGUGCGAGGCAACGACCUGACCUACGACCCGUCUGAUUACUGGCAGUCUGACACGUAUGAGCUGUGCGACUUCAACUAUGACCAGAACCUGGAGGGCAUGUGUAACAUGGGCAUCUCAGGGGGCAUGACGGAGAAUGACGUGUACUUUGGGACCCCUGGCAGCUUUGUGUGGCAGGGAACUGUCCAUAUGAAAGAGAGAGACCCCAGCUUUGAUUUUGCCGGAGAUGCUAAUGAAAUAAGCUUCGGUAAGCUAGGAGAGGACAGACUCAACAUCUACAUAGGUUACUCUGUGCUGGAGGACAUUAAACUGCUGGAUCACUCUAAGUACACUGUGGUGACAGGGGCUCCCAGAGACAAUUUCAAAGGCUCCGUGAUCCUGGCAGAAAAACAAGGUUUGGUUCUUAACCCAGUGAUGACCAUCCCAGGGGAACAAAUAGGGUCGUACUUCGGCGGCUGCUUGGCGGUGACCGACCUAAACAAUGACGACUGGAACGACCUGAUCGUUGGAGCUCCAUUCUACUUUGAUCGCAACAAGGAGGAGGGAGGAGCUGUUUACAUCUUCAUGAACGAGAACGGAUCCUUCCAGGAAAGAGCCAGCUCGGUUCUGAAGGGUAAAAAAGGCUCAGGGUUUGGAUUUGCUGUUGCUGCGGUGGGGGACGUCAAUCAGGAUGGAUUUCAAGAUUUAGCUGUUGGUGCUCCGUUCCAAGACUCUGGUAAAGUCUUUAUAUGGAUGGGAAGUAAAAAUGGAAUAACUAAGGAACCCAGCCAGGUGAUCGAGGGGAAAUCAUUAGGUCCUAGUGGCUUUCAGACGUUCGGCUACUCUCUCAGUGGAGGAAUGGAUAUGGAUGGAAAUGAUUAUCCUGAUAUUUUGGUGGGCUCCAUGGAUGACCGCAUCGCUCUCUUGAGGGCUCGUCCGGUCAUCCACCUCUCCCAAAACUUUACAGUAGAGCCAAAGAUUGUGAUUCCAAACCAGUGUGUUAACUCCUGCAUAAAAGUGAAGGUGUGUUUCAGCUACAGUCUCAGCACUGGAAACACAGCCUUCAAGAAAGACAUCACUGUGAAGUACACAGUAGAUGCUGACCCCAAUCGCCGUGGCGCCCGAGUUCGUUUCCUGGACAACAAGCAAAGCACAUUUACAGGCCUGCUGUCUUUCUCCGCUCCCGCAUGUCAAGAGCUGGAACUUUCUGUUCAUACUCCUGUGAGGGACAAACUUCAGCCCAUAGUGUUCACUCUCAACGUGUCUCUGAACGAGCAGAAAGCAGCAGCACAGCAAACACUGCAGAGUCUGGACGCUUUCCCUGUGCUGAGCGGCCAGCAGAUCCUGACCAACAAAACUGAGAUUAACUUUCAUAAGGAGUGUGGUGUUGACAACACGUGUAGCAGUAACCUGCAGCUCGAGGCCAUAUUUGCUGAUGAGAAUAACAUUCCCUUCCCCAGUCAGACUAUGGAGUUCAGCAGUAACAUUAAGAAGCUGGUGUUGAUGGUGAAUGUUACUAACAUGCCUGAUGGAGGCAGGCAGGAGGCGGAGGACGCCCAUCAGGCCACGCUGAGCAUCACCAUUCCUCCCUCUCUCAAAUACUCAGGAGUGCGUCCUCUGACUGGUUUAGGUAUUGAGUGCAGCGCAGGCGAGACUGUGAUAUGUGAUCUGGGAAACCCAUUUAAAAGCAAUCAGAAGACCUCCUUGAUAAUCAUCUUUGAGACUUCUGGUGUAACACUUUACACAAAGCAGAUUGAAUCGCAGCUUCAGCUCUCCACUAUCAGUGAGCAGAAGGAUCUGGAUCCUGUUCCUGUCACACUCAGCGUGAAGAACACGCUCCUCACUUCCUUCUCCCUAGAAAAACAAGUGAUUGACGCGACGUUCAGUGGCAGUGUGAUUGGUGAAUCUGCCAUGAACAGCACCGGUGAUGUGGGCAGUCCACUGGAGUUUGUGUUUCAUGUGCACAUGCAGGGAGAACCUCUGGGAGAUUUGGGAACUCUGAUGAUUGACUUUGAAUGGCCAUUUGAAGUAGCCAAUGGGAAAUGGCUGCUGUAUCUCACAGAGAUCGUGAUCAAAGGAGCGUCAGAGUCACGCUGUGUCCCACCGGGGAAAGUUAUCAACCCUCUCAACCUCACACUGUCAGAUCGAGGUACCAAACGGUCUAAAAGAGCGGCGGAUUCAGGAUAUCCCAAGGCCGUCACCGUCCUGGCACCUCGUAAAGUGCCCCAUUUUCUGGAGUGUUCAAAGCAGACGGCUCGCUGUGUGACCUUCUCCUGCCCGCUGCACAACAUGUCGACUCAGGCGGAGAUCAGAGUCAGGUCACGCGUGUGGAACAGCACCUUGCUGGAGGAUUACUCCAACGCCCUGCGAGUGGAGGUGAAGGGCCAGGCCACGCUGAGACUGCUGACCGAUAAACCGGCCAUCAGAAUGGACAACCAGACCAGAGAGUUUGCAGUAAACAUUGACCCCAUGCUGGGAGAGGAGACGCCGUAUGAAGUUCCUCUCUGGAUCAUCAUUGUUUCCGCGGUUGCAGGGAUUCUCUUAUUAGGCAUCAUCAGUCUCAUCAUGUGGAAGUGUGGUUUCUUCAAACGGGCCGUUUACUACAAGAGAAUGCCAAAGUACCACGGUGUGAGAGUACGCAAAGAGGAGCGCUAUAACUUGGCCUUUCAGCCUGAGCAAGAACUGAGCAAGAGACUCUGGGUCACCAACUGGACAGAGAUGCAGGAAUAUUACUACUGACCACUUCACCUCUCUCCGUCCAGAGCCAGAGGAGCGUGAUGAUUGGAGGAUGUCUUUUAUUAACCCCACCUCAAGUCAACAGACACUGGACACUCAUGCAGUGAGAACGUUCUGAAAUGUUUGUUGGUCUGUGUGCAAUAUCGUGAUUGUAGACCAUUAAACCACUUUCAACAAAACCAGAGUAUUGUCUGGGACAUCCUCGACUUAGUAAAGAGCAACUGAUAUAUUUUCCUAGUUUUCAUGAAUAUGUAAAUAUAUUGCAGUUUCUAGUGUUUAAUAGCAUUUUUAAAUUACUUUCCAUUCAAAUAAUUUUUUUUUUAUCACUAUAAUAGUUUACCUGCCAAAGCCUUGGGCCAUUUUCCUCAUACUGAUCUGAUCUGAGACCAGUUCUGAUUAAACAGCACUGUGGAAAUAGACUUGAUUUCCAAGUUCUGGUUGCAUUUUCAUUAGAUGCUUAUUUUUUAACUUAUUUUUUUCAGCUACUCCCUCCCAUGGAGGAAGACUACAGUUUUUAAGUGUGUAAACUGUUUGCCCAAAUGACCACGUUCCUGUCAGCAUUAGUUGGGUGAAUCUCUAGAAGUUGGGUCGUUUCAAAUUGAAAAAAAAAAAAAAUCUAAAUAAAAUAUUUGAAUAAAAGCUCAAUUUAGCAAAUACAUUUUCAUCGUGAAGCAAUUUUUAUAACAAGCACAGUGACAUUCUAAUUACUGCAAAAAAUAAAAAUAAACAUAUUGUAUGAGCAAAAAUCAAAGAUGAUGUGUAACUGGUCAAUAAAAUAUAUAGCCCUCCCCAAACUUCACUUUUUUUGUUUGAGCAAUUCAUUUUGUUUCGUUUGAUUUUGUAUUGUAAUAUGACUGAGAUUUGUUGUCAGUUUGUAAGAGUCACUCUUUAGUUCAGAUUUUCAUUUAAUGUCUUUAUUUUUGUUUUACUGUUAAGAAUGUCUUUGUCUCUUCUCAAAAGUAUAUAUUGACCCUUGGAACAGCUACGGGAAACUGCUGUCUUUGUGCAAUUUAUCAUACAUGUAAAGAAUGUUGAUUUUAUGCUUGAACAAAUUUGAAUUUCUAUUAAAGAUGUACAUGUACUGCCAAGUCAUAAGGGUUGCUCAGUUUGGCUCAUAUCAGCCCACUUUCAGUGAUGAGAAUACAAAAAACAAAUUCAGUGUUGAACUUGAACAUGGUAUGAGAUUCUUAAAUGGUGGAUGAGGAAAGAGUUUCAUAUUUAAGUGUAAAGUAAUAUAAUCGAGUGGUGGAUUAGAGUGAAUUGUUGGAGACUAGAGUUGGAUACUAAAUUACUAGACAUCAACAUAAAUGAGUGUUUGUACACCUCAGACCUGGGUAUAUAGUUGAGAAAAUAUACUGUAUGUCCACAAAAAACAUGAUCUGU